AUGCGUAAAGAAGCACGAAAACAUCCUGAGCAUAAAAAAAAAAAGUCAAAAGAUAUAAAAAUACCAAAACUAGCUCCAUUUAAAAACGAAUUAUUACAACAAGCUGAAGAAGCUAAAAAACAAUUAGAACAAGAACGACAAUUAAAGAAACAACAACGUGCUUUAGCUCGUAAACAACAAAAAGCUGAACGACCUAAAUCUUUAGAAUCGAUGAUAAAUGAUGUUGAACGACGACAAGAUGUAUUUGAUCAUGAACAAAUUUUAACAAAUGAUCAAAUGCAUUUAUCAACUGAAGUUGGUGAAGGAGAUGAAAGAUCUCGAAAAACAUAUUAUCGAGAAUUUAAAAAGGUUGUUGAUGCAUCAGAUAUCAUCAUUCAAGUACUUGAUGCUCGUGAUCCUCUUGGAUGUCGAUGUCCACAAGUUGAACAAGCUGUUUUAACAUCAGGAAAAAAUAAAAAACUCAUCUUAUUACUCAAUAAAAUCGAUCUUAUUCCACGUGAUAAUCUCGAUAAAUGGUUAAAAUAUUUACGUAAUGAAUUUCCAACAAUUGCUUUUCGUUCAUCAACUCAAAAUCAACGUGAUCGAUUAGGUCAUGUUAAAGCAUCAUUAAAAGCUUGUGAUGAACAUUUGCUAAAGUCAUCAAAUAAAUGUAUCGGUGCAUCGACAUUAAUGAAUCUUCUUUCGAAUUAUUGUCGCAAAAAUGAUAUUAAAACAAGUAUUACUGUUGGCAUCGUUGGAUUUCCAAAUGUUGGGAAAAGUAGUGUAAUUAAUAGUCUUAAACGAAGUCAAGCAUGUGAAACUGGAUCAAUGCCUGGAAUAACUAAACAAAUGCAAACAGUUAAAUUGGACAAAUUAAUUAAAUUAUUCGAUAGUCCUGGUAUUGUUAUGUCGAAAGAAACGAAUCCAGCUAGUCUUAUUCUUCGUAAUUGUGUUCGAAUUGAAACAAUUGAAAAUCCAGUUCCAGCUAUUGAAUUGCUACUCAAUCGAUGUAGUAAAGAUCAAAUGAUGCUUCAAUAUAAUCUAAGUGAUUUUCAAGAUGUUAAUGAAUUUCUUUCAAAAAUGGCUUUGAAAAUGGGUAGUUUGAAAAAAGGUGGAAUACCCGAUAUACACAAAGCAGCACAACGAGUACUUUCUGAUUGGACUAAUGGUAAACUAACUUAUUUUACGGAACCACCUGAACGUACAGGUGAAAUAAUCAGCACUGAACUUGUUACACAAAUGAAAGAAGCAUUUGAUAUUGAUGGUUUAUUGAAAAAUGAAGAUGAACAAUUAAAAGAUUUACAUAAUACUCCACUUACUGGUAUAUCUUUUCCAGCAUCGAUUCCAACACAAGCUGAUAUGGACUUAGACAAAGAAGAAACUAUGUCCGAAGAUGAAAAUAAUUCCAUUGAAGAAAUGAGUCAAGACGAUGAUGAAAAUCAUCAACCGACAACAAAAGAUUCGAAAAAAGUUCGUUUUAUGGUUCAAGCAAAUGACAAAACAAAACGUUUAUCAAAACAACAAGCAGCUGAUUUAGUUGAUAAAGAACAUGAUAAUGAAGUUCGACGAUCAAUAAAACGAUCAAAUCUUGUUCGACAACAAGAAUUUAAAAAAAUUAAAAAGAAUCAAAAGAGAACAGAAAAAUCCGUUUCGAAUCUAGGCGAUGCACUAGAUUCAAUUAUUCGACUCACAACAUCUAACAAUUCAACUGAUGAUUCAUAUAAUUUUCAAACAGAUUUUGUUUAA